AAACACCCUCCACGGAGGCGCUAGAAAUCCGAGGCGUGGUAGCUGGGUGUGAGGUCAAGAGGAUGUUGGUUAACACGGGAAUCUCAAUGGACGUGUUGUUCAUGUCCACCUUUGAAAAAAUGUAGUUAUCCGCCAGUAUGGUGAAGCCGGCAGACACCGUGUUGGUAGAAUUCUAGAGGGUGCCAGGUCAAGUGCUCGGACGUGCGCGCCUCCCCGUGACAUUAGGUGACGAAGUGCAUAGCGUGACCCACACGAUGGACUUUGGCAUCGUUGACUGCCCCGCCCCCUACAACGCGAUUUUGGAGCACCCCCUUUUGGCCCUUUUCAAUGGGGUGGCCUCGUCCUGCCAUCAGACGUUGAAAUUCAUCACCCUUAGGGGGAUUGGAAUAUCGAGGGGAGAGGCAUCUGCGGAAGCGCGCCUCGCCAAAAGAAGCCGAAUGUACAACAUAGACGUACGCUCCGAAGACUUAACAAGGGCGGAAGAGGCAGACGUGGAGGUUCACGUGCCCCUUGACGACCAGCGCGCCGACCGAUGUGUUCGCAUCUCGGCAACAUUAGGCGACGAACUUGAGCCCCUAAUCCGCCUAUUAAGAGAAUUUGCGGACCUAUUCACGCGGAGCGCGAGGGAGAUUCCCAGAGUAAAGGUGGAAAUUGCGGAGCAUUGUUUAGCGGAAGCGAAUGGCGUGCGCCCCAUACAACAGAAGAGACGUCCGAUCUCGUUGGAAAAGGAAGAGGCGUUGAGAAAGGAAGUGGAGAAGUUGCGGGAAGCGGGGUUCGUUGAGGAAGCCAAGUACACGACAUGGUUGUCCAACGUCGUUUUGGUUCCAAAGGCGUCAGGAGAAUGGAGGAUGUGCGUGGACUACACCAGCCUAAACCGAGUUUCUUCCACGGACGCCUACCCCAUGCCAAGGAUCGACCAGCUGGUGGACGUGACCGCGUACCAUGAAGUGCUCAGCUUCUUAGAUAUGUUCUCGGGAUAGCACUAGAUACCCAUGUGUGAAGAAGACAGGGACAAGACAACACUAUGACGCCGUUCAGAAAUUACCAGUACAGGAUGAUGUCGUUCAGGCUCAAGAACGCGGGGCCACGUACCACCGUAUGGUGAACAAGGUGUUCCAAAAUAAGAUCGGACUGAAUGU